GUGGCCGCGGCCUUUCGGCGUCCGCCGCCCGGGCCCGCCGCGCACGCGCGCACGCCCGCCAGGCAGUUGGGGGCGUCGGCUCGCCUCAGCUGUUCGCCUCGGCGGCGCGACCCCGGCGCGACCCGACGGCGCAGACGCGGGCGGGGGCGCGCAGGCGCCGCGGGGGCACUCAGGCCGCGCAGGCGCGGACGGCGUUCGUGGGAAGACCUUCAGCGUUGCCCCGGCGGUGCGGAGACGGGCCCUCCGGCUGAGAUAUGUGUAGCACACCGACUUACUGUGACCUAGGGAAGGCUGCCAAGGAUGUCUUCAACAAAGGAUAUGGCUUUGGUAUGGUCAAAAUCGAUCUGAAAACCAAGUCUUGUAGUGGAGUGGAAUUUUCUACUUCUGGUCAUGCCUACACUGAUACAGGGAAAGCGACGGGCAACCUAGAGACCAAAUACAAGGUCUGUAACUAUGGACUUACCUUUGUCCAAAAAUGGAACACAGACAAUACACUUGGAACGGAAAUCUCUUGGGAGAAUAAGUUGGCUGACGGGUUGAAGCUGACUCUUGAUACCAUAUUUGUACCGAACACAGGAAAGAAGAGCGGGAAAUUGAAGGCCUCCUAUAGGCGGGAAUGUUUCAGUCUUGGCAGUAGUGUUGACAUAGAUUUUUCUGGACCAACCAUCUAUGGCUGGGCUGUGUUGGCCUUUGAAGGUUGGCUUGCUGGUUAUCAGAUGAGUUUUGAUACAGCAAAAUCCAAACUGUGUCAGAAUAAUUUUGCUCUGGGUUACAAGGCUGCAGACUUCCAGCUGCAUACUCAUGUGAACGAUGGCACUGAAUUUGGAGGAUCUAUCUACCAGAAGGUUACUGACAAGGUUGAAACAUCAAUAAACCUUGCUUGGACAGCUGGCAGUAACAACACCCGUUUUGGCAUCGCUGCUAAAUACAGGCUGGAUUGUAGAACUUCUCUAUCUGCUAAAGUAAAUAAUGCUAGUCUGAUUGGACUGGGUUAUACUCAGACCCUUCGACCAGGAGUCAAACUGACCUUAUCAGCUUUAGUUGAUGGAAAGAACUUCAAUGCAGGUGGUCACAAGGUUGGGCUGGGAUUUGAACUAGAAGCUUAAUGUGAUUUUGAGUGAAGCAUCAGAUUUUCCCCUGGAGGUGAAGAGAAAUGAACCCACUAUGUUUUGGCCUUAAAAUUCUGUGAAAUUUCAAAAGUGUGAACUUUUUAUUCUUCCAAAGAAUUGUAAUCCUCCCCACACUGAAGUCUAUAGAGAUCGCAGGUCCAUUCUAAGGGAGGUGCUUGAAGGCAUGCCUGGGAGUUGACAUGUUUUGUGCCACAUUUCAAUUCAGUUCUGCAGUGUUAUCUUAACCGUUUUUCCUCAGCAACAAUGUAGUGUCAUGUUACACGGGAAUGACCUGAUCCUCCAGUUUGUGCAUCACGUCCUGCAUGUCCCACAUCACUUUUUCAUGACCUUUUAAUAUAUUGGUCUCUGUGCUAUAGUGAAAUCUUUGGUUUUGCAUCACAGUAAAAUAAAAUAAACCCAUUACAUUUGAAACAUAA